AUGGCGCAGCACCAUACCCUGGAUCAAUGUGGCGUAGCCCGGUUUUGGCUCUGGCACACGGUACACCUUGUUGUCGCCGGUGAUGAUGCCUGUCUCGCCGCCCACGGCGUCGUCUCCGAUAUCCAUCAUGAUCACCAGGGCGAACGUGUUGGAGUCCUGCUCCUUGGACAUCUGGCCUGCCUUGAUCUCGUCCGGCUUGAGGCUGGCGAGCGAGAAGUUGAAGAACCCGCGGUCACACUCGUAAACAGGGUCCAUCUUGACCUUGGUGAAGCCUUCAAGGAUGGAGGUGAGCUCACGGCUCUUGAACAGGGCCUUGGUGAACGGAGACUGCUGCUCUGUGUGGCCGUUCACGUGGAAGUCGAGUCUUGUGGCGUUGGUGGACAGGUUCGGGGUGCGAGCAAGCUCUGCAAUGGUGUCUGGGUUGAUGGCCUCCCACAGCAUCAUGUCGACGGCCUCCUGCGACAGCAACGGGAACGGGAACGCUGCGGCAAAGUCGCACACAGGCGCCACACGGGUGCGGCCGAUGCUCAGGUCGUCCAGCGUGCACUGCUUGGUGGUCUUGUAGUACUCGUCUUUGAACACGAGGUGUUUUGCCGGGUCAAACUUGAGGUUUGGGUCGAACGUGGGCUUGGCUUCCAGCUUGCGGCGCAGCGUCGCGAUCUCAAGGUCGAUCGUCUCCUGGGGCAGGUCGUGGUCGUGGUUGCCUGA